CAGCUGGUGCCAAAUCCAAGGCAUGUUUGUGCAAGGAUCAUUUCGCUCCAGAAUCUUUUACUCGGCAAGGGAAUUUGAAGAGAAAUGCUAUUCCCACAAUCCCACCGCCUGAGUUUACUGGUGCUGUGGCCUAUAAGUAUGGUUUGAUACCAAACGAGUGGUCUCCUUUACUUUCUGCUGUGAAUGACUUUCAGAAGAGUUUCUCUGCGUUUGUUGCUACUGUUGAGGAGGACCCACUUGAGCUAGAUUGUGGUACAAAUGAUUGUGAGAUGCGGGAAGAACAACCGUCUGCUGUUCAGGAACCUUGCCCCAAUCGUAGUCCAUGCUACACUCAAGCAGAAAUAGUGCGUAUGCCAGUAGUGAUUGACUUGCCAAUGGAACCCGUUCGAGCUGAGAGUCCAACCUCUGAGACCACCAAGGUUAUGUCAGAUCGCUUGUCAGUGAUUUAUGAAGAGACACCUGACAAUGAGAAUUUGGCUCCCAGCAGUCAGCAAGCCGCAGUUAAAGCGAAGACAGGUUCUUUUGAUAGUACAACUGCUACUUAUCCAAGUGGUAGUGAGCAAGGUUCUCCACUAAGUAAACUAGUUAAAAGAGCAACCCCACAGAAACGCCACUUUGAAGAACUGACUGAGGAAGACAUGAUCUCUCCAAAGAGGGGAAGGUUAUCCUAUGAAUUAAGUAAAGAAACAGUGGAUGGUUACCGGCUAAAAAUUAAGACCCUCAAUCAAAAAUUAAGGAGAGCACAGAAGAAAAUUAAUACCUUGCAGGCUCUCCUAACCCACUUGGAAAAUGACAGAUAUAUUGAAAAAGAUGUGGCAACACUUAUCAAGGAUCUCGACCCAGAAAUGUUCUUGACAUGAGCAAGAGAAGUCUAUGGAGUCAUUUUACCCAACAGAAUAGGAAGAUCGACCCGGAGGUGCACCUGACUUGGACAUCAGAAAAGCAGCCUAUGUGUCACCUGCUGUAUGCUGAGUUGGCAUCGUAGCACACAGCAGGAGGAAUCGCUCCUUUUUCUCACGAUCGUAGGAAUGAAUCUGGUAAGUUUUGACUUUCAAUGUGAUGUUAACAUAAAAUACUAGCACAUUUAUGGUUGUCGUGUCUGGUAAAAGUUUAUUUUGGUAUUGUUUCUAUUUGGGGGUUACUUGUCAUUUCUUUACUGCUUAUUCUUAUUCCAUGUAAGGCUUAUUACUUGAGCCUAAAAUGUAUAGUCGUGUUUUAAUUUUAGUGCGGAACUGGAGGCAAAUCAUUAGGAGUAUCUGACAGUAAUACUGCUAUUUAUUUCAUUUGUAUGGUGCAGUUGUAAUAAAAUAGGAAGUGAUGCUGCUUCUUAUCCAAAGGGAUGUGCCUCGGCCUGGACUUGAUGCUUACCACCUGUAACAUAGAAAGUUCCUUCAAUGAGUUGGCGUCACAGUGAUACAGAUGGACCAGAACAUGUUUAAGUUAAACUCUGAGAUAAUUUGAAUUUAACUUAGAUUUUUUUCCAUUCUUUUUCAGGUAUUUAGAUUCGCCUAAAGUCAGCAGCAGAAACAAGCCAGCUAAUUGAGCAAGAUGUACUCUCAUAAUGUAUAUGAUUUGAAACAAUAAAGAAUUAAAUUACUAUCCAA